AUGCAUGUAGAAUUAGUUUCACAGUCUGAACAUCAACAUUACAUUCGUUCAUCUUCUCGACAAAUCUGGCAGCGUGUGAAAAAUUUAUUAAAGAGCUGCAUUGGCCAUCGAUCAGAUCAACAUUUAUUCCGUCAUGAUGGUUCACUUGUUGAUCGUGAUCGUCUACGAAAGAAGAUCUCCCAUCAUGAACAAUCAUACAAACAACGUCAAAAGACUUGGCCAUAUCUGUUGAACAUCUACUCACCAACGAUGACUGAUAAUGACAAGAAAAUCUAUCAAAACCAAGCUCGAAUUCGUUACAAUAAAUUGAAACGAGCAUGGCAAGAACGUGUGUCUCGUGGUGAUCAAUUCUAUAUUUCUCUUGCUGAUCGAAUACUCAAAGAUGUUCGUCGUACCGAUCGACACAUGAAGUUCUUUCGAAAAAAUCAACGAAUUCUUUUCAACAUAAUGAUGACUUACAGUGUGUAUCAUCCACACCCAGGGUAUAGUCAAGGUAUGAGUGAUAUGUUGACGCCAAUUGUUUAUGUAUUUCUCGAUGAAUCGAUGAGUUAUUUUGCGUAUUGUUCAUUGAUGACUCGUUAUAUGAGCUCCUUAUUCGAUCGCAAUCAAAUCGAGAUCAAUCAUCGUCUCUAUCGAUUUGAUUUGAUCUUUCGUUCAAUAGACUAUGAACUUUGGAGUCAAAUUAACUUAAACAACGACCAGGAUGACAAUAGUUUAUUUGUUUAUCGAUGGUUAUUACUCGAUUGUAAACGAGAAUUUCAUCACCGAUUUAGUGAUGUUCUUCGUGUUCUUGAACUUAUUUGGGUAAACUCCAUGUCGUUGACAGUGACAGAAACUGAUCGAUCUUUAUUCACAAUUUUUGUCUGCAUAUCACUUUUGGAGGAAGAUCGAAACAGAAUACUGUCGUGCUCGACUGAAGAUGAUUUACACGAAUAUUUCUAUUCAUCAUCAACAUCGAUAUCAAGAUCUCGUUGUUCUACAAAGCGAAUUCUACAACGAGCACAAAAUUAUCAUGCAAGUUACACAUCAGUAGAUAAAAAAUGA